AUGUCGCUAAACGCCGCUAGUUCUUCAAAGGUAACCCUUGGUCAGAUUGAAUGGGCGGCAAUGAAUACCAUAGUCAACCGCUACCCUCUGAACGGAGUAGAGGGUGACUUGAAAGAUAUCGUGCCAGCGAUAAUCCCUGAUAUACUUGAAAAUCAGGGCAUUAUUGCUAGGAAACAACUUUCAAAUGUCGCAGAGCAUGGUUUUCUGCCCCUGGAGGGCACAUAUGAUCAACUUGUAGAUGUACCGGGCUCCAACUAUUCUGCCUUCGAAGAGGUUCACCAGAUUUCAUCACCCAUCAUCCCGCAAUCCCCAUACACAGCGGCACAGGAGACAGUGUUGCCCAAGUCAUAUCCGUCGCUGUAUUGGGAUAUGUGGAGAAAAGUAUGGGAUAGUCACGUCGAAUCGUGGAUUAACAGUUUGGAAGACCCCACGGCGGCGACAUGUGGAGCCGCAUCGGAUGCGUUGCCCAUUUCUAGGCCAACGGAAAGCAACAUCAUUACCUUUGACAGUACACACGAGCCCGCAUCCACCUCGCAUGUUGUACCAGCAUGUACAUCCCGGGUAGACGUGCCUGUUGGCCCGUCAAGACAGGAAACGGGCCUGCCUCAUAGCAGAAACACCCCAUACAGGGACAUCCGCCACGGCAAUGAGCAUCUGGUAUUCAUGCAAGAUAAUCGCAAUAUUUUAUCUGAGAACGAAGGACACGAAGAGCUAAACGGCUCCGGGUUCCCACCUGUUGAGCCAACAUCCACGAGGAGUGCCGGAUCACUAGAUGAUACUCAAAGCUCGAAACAAAAAGGAGCGCCCUGCCCGUACAACAGGGUUGCAAAUGAAGGAGAAAAACCGGCGGAACGCAUAGUCCGCAUAGACAAGUAUGGCAAUGAGGUGUAUCAAGGAAUGAGGCCCGACAAAGGCCCGCCAAAGAAAAAGAAAAUUCAUAGGCGGUAG